AUGUGCAGUCCAUUCACUUGUGGAGGCUUUAACAUUCAAGAAGAUGAUGAGCUUUUGAGGUCAUGUAACUAUUCUCCUCCAAAGAUAUCAAAAAGGAACACCAGUUUUGGCAGCAGAAGAAAAGACAACAAGAACCCGUAUGCCAAUAGGGGUUUAGAGAAAUUCUAUGCACUUUUAGCAGAUCUUGAUGAGAAGAGACAGAAAAUAUACACACAGAUGGGCUUUGAAGAUGUUUCUCUCGUCCGUUUUGUUUACUCCAAUUCCAAUCAUGUCAAGCCCAUCGUUGUUAAAGUGAAAGAGAGAAGAUCACAAGACCGCAAAGCAAAUGCUCGCCUAACUAAAAACAACUCUGAAGCGUCCGAGAAGUCACCAGUAGAGAUGUCCGAAGGUUUGGCCAUCACAAAUGAAGUUCAACAAGUAAAGGACGAACAAUCCGACCGAAGGAAUAUGAAGUGUUGCUUGAUAUGUGGAAGGUUUAAGUUGGAAAAGUUUAGGCAACCAUAUUACUAUUUUCUGGUGGUUAUACUGUUUAUUCUUAUGUUAUUGGCUAUUUUUGGGCGACCUUUUGCCAUAUUGUGUACGUCUAUUGGGUGGUAUUUAAUACCUACAAUCAAAGGAGAGAGCUCAGAUUCAAGCAAGCAAGAGAAGAAAAAAGAAUAUGUUAAAAAAGUGAGUGAGAAAAAGAUUGUUACAAGUGAAGGAUUGUCUUCCCCAAGGAGUGUCCUAAACGGACCAAAAGACAAGUCCCCUCGAAAGCAUGGCUAA